AUGCCCCGUGUUAUACGGCUGGCUGCUGCUCAGAUGGGCGCGACGCACCGUACUGACUCUCGAGCCAAGACCAUGGAUAGAAUGCUGCACCUUCUGGACGAGGCGUCUUCCCAGGGCGCACAAGUCGUCCUCUACCCAGAGAUCGCCUUCACGACCUUCUUCCCCCGCUACAUCAUCCACGACAAAGACGAACUGGAGUCGUGGUUCGAGCACGGAGAUGUGACUACGAAUCCAAACACGAAACCGCUGUUUGACCGCGCCAAGGAGCUUCACAUCGAUAUUUCGGUCGGCUUCGCCGAGGCGACUGAUGACGGGCAGCACUUCAAUACUUGUAUCUACUACAGCAGCCACUCCGGGAGUAUCUUGAGUAAAUAUAGGAAGGUGCAUCUACCGGGGACGUUCGAGCCAUUCGACGACCCGGACGCCGUGCAGCAGCUCGAGAAACGUUACUUCAAGCCGGGUGAUUUGGGUUUCACCGCGUUUAGAGUCCCGGGGCUGGAGAAAGACGAACCCUCUGCGGGGCGUGGCCAGCCAAUCUUCGGUAUGAUGAUUUGCAACGAUCGCCGCUGGGCGGAAGCUUGGAGAGUGUUAGGUCUGCAGGGAGUGGAAGUUGUCUUGUGCGGAUUCAAUACCGCCGGCUGGGCGCCACACCUGUGGGGUUCAUCUCCAGACCAAGAUCCCAAGGAAGCCGAGGAGACGGCGCUGUUCCACCAUAAAUUGGUCAUGCAGGCUCAUUCCUACACUAAUGCGACUUUCUCCAUCUCGGCUGCCCGGUGUGGCUACGACGAUGGCAUAUUUUCCUUGAUUGGAGGUAGUUGCAUCGUCGAUCCCGAAGGGAAGAUCUUGGUGGAAAGCAAGACCAUUGAGGACGAGCUCAUAGUUGCAGACUGCGACUUGGAUCUGUGUAAGCAGGGGAAGGAGAAGACGUUCGCUUUCGGCAAGCAUAGAAGGGUCGAACAUUACAAGAGGAUCACGGAGCAGGCUGGCGUUAUCGAGCCUCCUAUGCUAGGCGAGGUCCCUGACGGUCCUUCACAAUCUUCUGCAAAUGGAACGUCCGCGCAAACCGUUAACGGCGUCAAGCGGAAGACCAUUCGAAUUCUCCUCUGUAAUCCCAACUCGACAAAGUUUAUGACAGACAACUGCGUCGAGAUGGUGAAGCCUACCCUUCCCCCAGACGUCGAGGUUGUGGGCUUCACGGCUCCUCGACCUGCUCCGACGGCUAUCGAAGGGAGCUUCGAUAAUGUGAUGUCCGCUGCGGCUGCCAUGCGCGCUAUCAUGCCCAUUGCAAGCGAUUUUGACGCUUUCCUUGUUGCAUGUUAUUCGGACCAUGCGUUAAUCCGGAUGCUCAGGGAAGAGUUCAAGCAACCGGUCAUUGGCAUCAUGGAGGCAAGUCUCUUCGCGGCACGUACCCUGGGCGGUCGAUUCGGCAUCAUCUCUACCUCCGCCCGUUCCAAAGUUAUGCUCGAAGAUUCCGUCAGACAUUACGGGUUCGACGCUUUUUGUGCCGGCGUCGGGCACUGUAACAUGGGCGUCCUGGAUCUAGAGAGCAGGGGUCCCGACGAAGUUACGAAAGUUAUGUGUGAUGUCGGCAAGGAGCUGGUGGCCAAAGGAGCCGACGUGCUUACGCUGGGCUGUGCUGGGAUGACCAUGUUGAAGCCUGCAGUAGAGAAGGCUGUCGGUGACAGUGUCACUGUCAUUGAUGGGGUCCUCGCGGGAGUCCAUCAUUUGGUGGGCGUAAUGAGAAUGGGCGGGAAGACCGCGAAGGCGGGUAUGUACAACUCCUCCGAGGCUGGGAGAGUCGCUAGAGAACAGAAGUGGUAUUGA